UACUGCGCAUGCGCAGCUGGUUCUUCCUUUUUCCAGUGCAGCGGAGUCAAGCUCCAGUCUUUGGCUCCGGGCUCCUUUUUAAGGAGACUAAAAGACUGCAAAAUGGGUUUUGUUAAAGUGGUGAAGAACAAGGCCUACUUCAAGAGGUACCAGGUCAAAUUCAGGAGGAGGAGAGAGGGAAAGACUGACUACUUUGCUCGUAAGCGCCUCGUUGUUCAAGAUAAGAACAAGUACAACACACCCAAGUACCGUAUGAUCGUCCGCUUCACCAACAGGGACAUCAUCUGCCAGAUUGCCUAUGCAAAGAUUGAGGGUGACAUGAUCGUGUGCGCCGCCUACUCACAUGAACUACCAAAAUAUGGAGUCACUGUGGGCCUGACGAACUACGCAGCAGCCUACUGCACUGGUCUGCUGUUGGCCCGCAGGCUUCUGACCAAGUUUAGCCUGGAUAAGGUGUACGAAGGCCAGGUGGAGGUGACGGGUGAUGAGUUCAACGUGGAGAGCAUCGACGGUCAGCCUGGAGCUUUCACCUGCUACCUGGAUGCUGGGCUCGCCAGAACCACCACAGGCAACAAGGUGUUCGGUGCUCUGAAGGGGGCCGUGGAUGGAGGCCUGUCCAUCCCUCACAGUACCAAGCGCUUCCCUGGCUAUGAUGCAGAGAGCAAAGAGUUCAACGCAGAGGUCCACCGUAAGCACAUCAUGGGCCUGAACGUGUCCGAGUACAUGAGCCUCCUGAUGGAGGAGGAUGAGGAGGCUUACAAGAGGCAAUUCUCUCGCUUCAUCAAGAACGGAGUCACCCCAGAAUCUAUGGAAGAAAUGUACAAAAAAGCUCAUGCUGGUAUUCGUGCAAACCCUGUUCAUGAAAAGAAGCCGCCCAAAGAAGUCAAGAAGAAGAGGUGGAACCGGGCCAAGCUCUCUCUGGCUCAGAGGAAAGACCGUGUCGCUCAGAAGAAGGCCAGCUUCCUCCGGGCUCAGGAACAGGAGGCUGACGACUGAGACGUCUGCUCUGCUCCAAACGCAGAAAUUUGUUCUAAAUAAAUAUGAAAAGGAG